UUAAAGAAAUAAGAAAGUUUCUACAUGCCUUGAUUCAUAAUAUUCUAGUGUCGUUCGGUAUGGAUUUUGAAGUAGGAUGAUUUUCAUCUCUUACAAAGUUACAAAAUAAAAAACAAAGUUUAUUUCUUCCGAAAAAAUGCUGUGAUAUUUUUAUACCAAUAAAAUACAACAUGUUUUGUAUAUUGUUGUUAGCAAUAUGUGUCGCAACCGGGGAUACACUGCGGCUAGCGGCAUACAUCUCUUCAGGAGGCCUUCAUGGGGAAAUUCAUUUUCUACCGGGAAACGUUGAAAAUGUGAAAAUUCGUUUUUCUCUUAAAACAACACUUCAAUAUCCAGAUCAGUUGUGGGAAUGGUACGUCACUCAAUUUCCCGUGGAUUAUACCAGUAAUAAUGAUCGCUGUGGUGAACAAAAUCUAGGAAAAAGUGUGAUUGACCUAACUGAAAAGCUAGGCCCAUUGCAAAUGCCGGGCAAUGAAACAGGUUCAAUUGAAGUACCUGGACUUAGUUUCACUGGAGAAAACGGACUUUGGGGCAAAGGUUUGAUCUUCAAAGAUGCCUAUAGUUCCCGAAUUAUAUGCGCUUCUAUCAUGGUAUUGAAUAAAAAUUCAGAAAGAGUGGCCGAGGCCCGUUUUCAUAAUUCUGUUGGUGGAUCUGUGUGGUUCCGAUGGUUGGGUGGUCAGGCUGGCGAAAAUAUAACUGAAACUGUAAUUUAUUCAAAUUUACAUCGUGUAGAUCAAUUAACUCCCAGUGCAGUCGAUUACACAGAGCAUAAUUGGAAAAUUUAUGUCACCGACAUUUUCGAACCUGGUAGUAAGGAUAAAAGCAACUGUAAUAUUCUUCAAGCAAUUUUCGAUCCAGACAACGCUGGCGUGAAUAAGUCAAUUGGCGAUAUUGAUAUGCGAUUGGGAAAAAUUAAAAUUUCCGAAAAUUUAUCUAAACGAAGGAAAUAUUCUUUCAGAGAUCCAAAACUUGACUUACUACCAAAUGAUUUUAUAGGAUCUCAUCGAUUGUUAUAUUUAGUUAUAUUUCAUCCAACUCACACUGAUUCUUUUCUAGCUUGUGCUAAAAUUGAAUACCGAAAACCCGUUAUGGCCAAGGCAAUUAUCAAUGCACAAGGUGUUAAAGGCGAAGUUUCGUUCAAUCAAGAGUCUCCAUUCGCCCCAACUUGGCUAAAUAUUUCUUUGAAUCCAAUAAAUGAUUUAGAGACAAGAUUAAGAUAUGAGACGAGAAUUGCAGCUUACAAAAUUCAUGAACUGCCUGAAGAACCUGCAAAAUUUGUAGAGCCAGUUGGCGAAUCUUGUACGACUACUAAAAAAAUGUACAAUCCAAUAAACAUUGAUGAUAACACUCUACCACCACCUGGUUUUGGAACUCAAGAUCAAUAUGCCAUUGGCGACUUGUCGGGAAAACUUCAGAAUCGAAAGGAAGGUUCAAUGCACUUUGAUAUUCUUGACGGUAGCUCUAAAUUAAGUGGAGUUUACUGGGAUACAAAUCUUCCUCUUUCCGGAUCACACAGUGUUAUACACAGAUCUCUUGUUCUUCACAAAUAUAAUGAAAGCGAUAAUAAAAGCAUCAGUCCUUGGGUCUGUGCCGUUAUUCUACAUCAUUCACCGAAAAAUACUGGACCACUCUCAUUGACAACAGCACAAGUAAUAUUUCGAUAUCCUUUAGUUGGAAGAAUUAUUUUUCGGCAGCCAACAGAUGAACCUGAAAUGGACACUACAAUUUUGAUAGAACAUUUGGUCCAUGCAGAUGGUACUUCAUUGAAUAAUUCUGCUGAGCACAGAUGGAUGAUUCAUGAUUUCCCACCAGGGAAAGAUUAUUACAACUGGACUGCUAGAUGUCUUAGUGCUGGAGCUCCUUUCAAUCCUUAUAAGAUAGAGUCAGGUUUGAAUCAACCGAGUCAAUGCUCCGCGAAUGAGAUAACCCUUUGUAGACUAGGUGAUUUAACGAGGCUUGGAAGCUUGGAAAUUGCAGGAAGAAAAAGUGUUGCAACUAAAUUAACAAGAAAAUUAUUUACUGAUAGUGCUAUUCAUUUAUCAGGACCAAAUAGUAUAAUAGGAAAGAGUUUAGUUAUUUAUGAUGAUCACGGACCAAAAGCAAGAGGAGAAAGACUUGCCUGUUCAAUAAUUAGUAGAGUGUACCGAAGAAAGGCUGUGGUGAGAAACUGGUUUAGUAGCAGUGAGCCUAAAACUGCAGGAGGAAAAAUAGAAUUUAUUCAACAAACCGAAUACGAUUUAACUAAUGUAGAAGUAAACUUAGAAGGUUUAUCUAAAUUAUCAAGUGGAUAUCAUAUUCAUAUGACGCCUAUUGAAAUGGAUUUAGAAUUUCCAUGCGAAGAGUCAUCCCUUUACGGUCACUGGAAUCCCUUAAAAGUUGAUCCUAAGAACGUACCUCUUUCGGAAGAAGGCACAACCGAUCAGUACGAAAUGGGUGAUUUAAGUGGAAAAUUUGGCACUUUAGAUAAUAGAAACAGAUAUUCUGUUACUUACAACGAUACAAUGUUACCCUUAUUUGGUCCAAGAAGUAUUUUAGGUAGGAGCGUGGUUAUUCACAAGAAGGAGAAAAAUAUAAGAUGGUCUUGUUCUACAAUCGAGAGAGGAUACGCUCCUUCCGAAGCAAGAGAAUUGAGAGCCAUUGCCUCUUUUCAUCAUCCAGAUGGUUACGCCUAUGGUUACAUAAGACUGACUCAACUUAUAUACAAAGAUAAUAGUCAAAGUGAAACGGCAAUAGAAGUUAAACUUAGACAUCCUGGUGAGAAUGAUCGAAAUAUCACAAGAAAUCAUAACUGGGCAAUUUAUGUAAAUCCAGUAGGAGUUGAUGCAUCCGUAAAAGUAAAAGAUACUCGAUGUGUUGCAGCUGGUUAUAUUUGGAAUCCUUACUUUACUCAGUUAGCAGAUCCAAUCAAUGAAGAUUUAUACAAACAAGAGUGUGGUGCUGACUUACCAUUGAGAUGUUAUGUGGGAGAUAUAUCUGCUCGUUUGGGACCAAUUGAUAUUGGACUUGAAAGGCGUGUUUUCAGUGAUUCAAACUUUCCUUUAGAAGGUCCUGUUUCGGCUAUGGGAAAGUCAAUCGUUAUUAUGGAAAAGGAUUUUGGAAAUACUCGUUUUGCUUGCGCGAAUAUUGAACCAGAUCACGAUAUUGUCAAAUAUAUUAAUAUAAAGAGAACACCGCGCUUUGUAGUAGCCCAAUUCUUGGAAACUGUGAGAGAAGUGAUGGGAGUUCCUGACUGGAUGAUUUCCGUUGACAGCAGAAAAACUAAAAUACUUCACAGUGGUGGAUGUAUACAAUUUUUAUUACAUUUCAGAGGCCCUAUUGCAAAUAAAUUAGAUCAAGACUUUGGUAAAUUAAUAUCAACUGGAAAAUUGGAAACUACUAGUUUGUAUAUUCCAGGAUAUGUGCCAAAGAGGAGAAAAGGUUCCUUUGGUUAUCAACAGUGUGGAUUCCGUGAUCCUAAUGAGAAAAAAAAAAAGAAUUUCUUUUUUCAAAGUAAUUCUUCAACGCUACAUCCACAUAUGUUUGUGAUACUUUUAAUUGGUUUGUUAUCGACUUUCUCGUUUUAAACUUAUUAUUUUGUAACAACUUAUUUAUAUAAAUAAACUUUUUUUAAUUUACCAAA